CAAACCGAGGUGCACAGAAAGCGCCUGCGCGGACGGCGGUUGGGUUUAGUCAGGUGUGGAAAACUAGGUCUUGGGGAUUUUCCUGAGCAGGAGCGGCCCCCAAGCGCCCCAGGCUUCGGUCCAGGCCCUGAAUGGCUGGUCUCCAGUUGGCUCCACAUCUGCCUGUGGGCGUUAUGUUCCCACAUAAUAAAACAGAAGCGCCAGGGCUCCACUCAGCUAAGCACGACCCUUAUGGACAAGGGGGCUCUUCCAAGCGGUCCUCGCUGGGACACUUGAGGAACAAUUUCCAGCAGAAGCUUUGGAGCAACACAGAGCUGGAGCAGGAGGAGGAUGUCUCCACUUACCCCACAACGAACAGCUGCACAAAAGCCCGGAGGCACUCCUGCCCUCACAAUGCCAGGAUCAGCCAGCAAAGCCCGGGAAGCAAUCCCCAGGGCCAAGGAAAGGGUUUGUUCUCCUUGCCAAGCCCUCAACCCCGGUAUCCCAAAGCAAAUGACCAGGACUUCAUUCCCUUUAGGAAGAAGCGAGUUGGCGUGGACCGGGCAUACCCACUGAAACCCAUGGUCCACCGGAAGUCUCAUAGUACAGGCGAGGCAGGCACUGAUGGAGACCAGAGUGUCUACCCAAGACUUCCCGAGUUUUCAGACAACGACUUUGGUUUGAGGAGCGGGGCGAAUCCAUCUAUUCUUGCCUCCGUGCAGGCAGAGAAGGUCAUGGCAGACCUCCACAGGACCGAGUGGACACAGAUCCGAAAACUAGAAGCUGCCGGGGAGACUUUACAGAGGGAAAUCCGAAGGAAGGAGUUCCUCCUGAGAGAGAAGCUGAGGAAGACAGAGGAGGGUCUCCGAAGGAUUCAGAAGGAAAAGAAACAGGCGCGGCAAAAUGAAGACAGACAGCUACAAAGAGUGACAGCACCUGCGGGGAGAGUUAGGGAAAGCUGCAGCAACGCCGCACACGCACACGCACACGCACCCGGCUUGUCCCCCGAGUUCAGUCCUGAGGUGCUCAGCAGAAACAGGGGAGAGGCUCAGCCUUGUGAGCCGGCUCAGGAAAACUCCAGUCCUCUCCAGUUCUCUGAUUAUGAACUCCAGAAGCUCAAAAGAGAAAGGCUGAUGGCAAGCAACAGCAAGAUCCGGGACUCAGGGCCACCGGCAGACGUGCUCUCGAAACCUUCACAAGAGCUGGGUAGCACCCUGCAGGCAUCAAGCCUGUCAGGAACGCCAGGCUCGUCAGGGUCCAGCUCCUCCACGGGAGAGCCAGAGCUGGGCAAGUGCAGCCACUGUGGGCGCACGUUUCUUUGGCUCAGGCUGCAGAAACACUCGGCUGUCUGUGGCAGGAUGCAAGGGUCCAGGAGGAAAGUGUUUGACUCCUCCCGGGCCCGGGCUAAGGGCACAGAACUAGAGCAGUUCUUGAACUGGAAGGGGCCAGCCACAGCCAAGACUGAACCUCCUCGGAAGAGCACCUGGAGACAGAAGCAUGAGUCUUUUAUCCGAACCCUCCGUCAUGCUCGACUGGUUCAGCAGGUCAUCGCCAGAGGUGGGAACCCCUCAGACUUGCCUCCUGUCCUGCCGGCAGGAAGCCCAGACUAUGUCCAGUGUCCUCACUGCAGCCGCCACUUUGCUCCCAAGGUGGCUGAAAGACACAUACCUAAGUGUAAGACCAUCAAGAACCGUCCUCCACCUCCAAGGAGGCAUGACAGCUAAACAGACAAUGGUACAAACUGCCUUUCGUGUUUCAGGAGGCUGUGUGCCCCUUUAGCCGUAAACCAGAUGAACGAUAAAAAGCAAGGCGAAAACAACCUUUCCAGAACUCAGAAUCUGCCUGCAGAGCAAAACCGCCCCCAGAGAGCCUGCUGUCUGG